CGUAUUAAAGGUGGCAUGCAAGAGCAAGCAAGGGCAGAACAGGAAGAGGAGUUCAUCAGUAAUACUCUAUUUAAGAAGAUUCAGGCUUUGCAGAAGGAGAAAGAGACACUUGCAGUGAACUAUGAAAAGGAAGAAGAAUUUCUCACUAAUGAGCUCUCAAGGAAAUUGAUGCAGCUACAGCAUGAGAAGGCUGAACUGGAGCAGCAUUUAGAGCAGGAACAGGAAUUUCAAGUGAACAAACUGAUGAAGAAAAUUAAAAAACUGGAAAAUGAUACUAUUUCUAAGCAGCUUACUUUGGAGCAGCUAAGACGAGAGAAGAUUGACCUUGAAAAUACAUUGGAACAAGAACAAGAAGCACUAGUAAAUCGUCUCUGGAAGAGGAUGGAUAAACUUGAAGCAGAGAAACGAAUUUUGCAGGAGAAGUUAGACCAACCAGUUUCUGCUCCACCAUCCCCCCGAGACAUAUCAAUGGAGAUAGAUUCCCCAGAAAAUAUGAUGCGACAUAUCAGAUUUUUAAAGAAUGAAGUAGAGAGGUUAAAGAAACAACUAAGAGCUGCACAGUUACAACAUUCAGAGAAGAUGGCACAAUAUUUAGAGGAGGAGCGUCAUAUGAGAGAAGAGAAUUUAAGACUCCAAAGAAAACUACAGAGGGAGAUGGAGCGAAGGGAAGCUCUAUGCAGACAACUGUCAGAAAGUGAAUCCAGCUUAGAAAUGGAUGAUGAAAGGUAUUUUAAUGAGAUGUCUGCACAAGGAUUAAGACCUCGCACUGUGUCCAGUCCUAUCCCAUACACACCUUCACCGAGUUCUAGCAGACCGAUAUCACCUGGUCUAUCAUAUGCAAGUCACACAGUUGGUUUUACGCCACCAACUUCACUGACUAGAGCUGGAAUGUCUUAUUACAACUCCCCAGGCCUUCAUGUGCAGCAUAUGGGACCGUCCCAUGGAAUUACAUCUCCACCAUACAUGAUGGAUGAGUCCUCUGUGGUUGCUUCAAGCUCAGAUUUUCUUCAAGAUGACACACAAUGCUACCACCAUGUCACUAGGCCUUCACCACGAAGAAGUAACAGCCCUGACAAAUUUAAACGUCCCACUCCUCCUCCUUCUCCAAACACGCAGACCCCAGUCCAACCACCUCCUCCACCUCCACCACCACCUGUGCAGCCUACAAUCCAAUCAACAGCAUCGCAGUCAGCCACUUUUCAGCAUUCAGUGCAUCCUUCCUCUCAGCCUUAGUGCAUGUGCUCAGCAGUCUAAAUUCAGAGUUGGACUCGUAACAUGGAGCAGUUUACUAAAAGCCAAAGGCUUACCUGGCAUAUUUGGAUUUGACUUACUUGCACUGAGGUUAUAUAGGCUUCACUGUUAAUUGUGUUGUAAACAUUUGUCUAAAAAUGCAGUCAGUGUUGUGGGUCUACAACACUAACUUAACAAAAUUUUCCAUCAGUGUUUACUUGAACUAUAUGUAUGGCCAUUAUCUGGCUGGAACAUUUGCUACUCUUUGGUAAUAUGGCAUUAUGUCAUUUUGCUUGGCUCCAAAGCUUCGUUUCCAGGCUUUUAGGUUUAUAAAAUUAAAGGGAUAUCUUUUUAUAUUCUUUCCAUGACAAUUUGCAUAAAAUUACAGGUAUGAUGGGCUAUACUAUAAAUUCCUAAAACGUUAGUGUUUACCAAGCUUAUGGUAAAUCAGCACUACAUUUCAGUUAUCUGAAGAUACAGCUAUUAGUGCAAAAGUGAGUCAGACAUGUUAAUCAGUGCCCAAGACUUGUAUCGCCUAAUAAAUAAACUUAUUAUAGGUUCAGUAUUCAACAGACAUGACACACUCAUACUUUCUCCUGUUUAAAAAAAAAAAAGAAAGAAAGAAGAAAACAAAACCUCAAAUGUAUGGUGCAGCCUGCAGUUAAAUGUGGGGAAUCUAACUUGUCUAAGUAAUUGGAAUGUAAAAUUCAUGACCUUAAGAUUUGAUUGUCUUGUUUAUCAUUUGCAUUAACUUGUAAGCUCUCCAUACUGUGUGUUCUGUCACAAUGAACUUCUAUAAAUGUGGUCCUGCCAACAAGUUAUUGGUGACUGAUUACAGUGUGCUCUUUGAUUUCUGAUGCAGAAGGCAGUGUGAUUGUAGAGAACAGCGAUUUUUUUUCUUGUUGAAAUAUAUUGUGAUUUCCCCUAAAACAAAGUUUGAACAAUUAUUUUAAAUGUUCAAAAGAUUAUUAGAGAAUAUGGUAUAAGAUGAAUAUUAUAGGAAUAUAUUGGCAUAACAGCCAAAAAUGUUGUAUUGCUUGGUAGAAACAGAACAAAGUACAGAGAAGUAGCACAACAUGGCACUAAUGAAUGCUUAUUUAGCAACCUAAGCCGGUACAAUGUAUAAAGAAAUGUAUUCUGAAUAAUACAUUCUUUCCAUUCAUUUAGCACAAAUAAAUUGUUUGGUUUCACUUUGCAGUGGAACAAAGUGUCACUUUUUUUCUUUGAUAAUCGCAUCUUACCUAGUUUUAUUUUUUUCUAGAAGUUCCUGUUGGCUAGGUUUAUAUAUUUUAAGUGGUUUACCUCAUAUAUUUGAAUAUGGGCCAUGGAAAAAAUGAGCGGAAAACAUGUAUUUGAGAAUGUCUUGUUCUAAUGAAAACAGAACAUUAUAUAACGUAUUUGUUUACAAACCCUUUUUUUACAUGCCUGACAUUUUAUUGAGCAUAUUCUUACGAAGGAAAAAUAUAGAAAUCUGGAUAUUUACUAACACUUAUACAUACUUCUUCAUAUUUGCCGUUCAACAACUAUGUAAGAAUUGCAGACUGAAAAUGGUAAUUGAUAACAUUCAACGUAUCAAGUUAAAAUAGCGUGUUUAAAUGUUCACUAUGGUCAAAGUACAAGUAGGAUUUCUUCAGUAUAGCUAUGUAGUUUCAGAUCUUAAAGGAUUUAGAAAAAUGUCUGUGUAUAUAGUGUAUUACACUAGUUUAUACCAACAUAAGAUCAAGUGCAUUAUUAAAUUACGAUAGGGUGUAAGUUUUCAGUAAAAUGACACUGUAAAGGUUGUAGCAGGACUAAAAGCUUACCUAUGUUUCCAUCUGGAAAUUUUCAUCUUUGUUUCUUUUUCUAACCACCUGUUCAAACCCAUCUCCUCCCUUCCAGUCAUGAAACUCAGAAAGCUGCUUGUGUGCAAACUGUUGGCUGUAGAAGUUACUCAUUGUUUUAAGUCUCAAUUAUAAACAUUUUAUUAAAUAAAUCUUUUGAAGCAA